CCUCACCAAUAUAUACAAUUUACAGCAGCCAUGCUGUAUCAAUCCAGUGUUAACGUACCAGGCGCACACAAUGCUGGAGAACCAAGCGAGAGUGAUUGUACUAUUGACUAUAUGUGUGAUAGACAGGAGUCUCGGUGGGGGACCGACAAAAUGGGAAAAGAUAAACAAUAUCCUCAACAAAAACGAUUUUUCUACGCCACCUUGGAGAGCCAAACGUGGAAAGUCAACUGUCACAAUGGAGAUAUUCUUCUCUCAGAUUCGAAGAACAGGUGUUCAUAAUGUGGAAUUCAUGUUUAAUAUAUAUCAAACUUGGAUGGAUACAAGAUUGUCAUAUGACUCAAAAAAUCCGAACGACAUCGUAGAAAUCAGCAAGCGACAUUGGGAUAAAGUAUGGCAGCCGGAUCUGUACCCUGAUAAUGAUAUCUCCUCCUACAGACACGACGUUUCUAAAGUCAAUAAGUUAAUGUGGGUUCUUCCUAAUGGAACAGUGACAUUAGGUUUAAGAUGGACAACUGAACUUUCCUGCAAACUUCUUACGGUCCAAUUUCCCGUGGGAAGAUCCGUUUGCAGAAUAAAAUUUCGCACAUUCUCCUAUAGAAACGAAGUUCUCAGACUACAAUGGAAGAAGAAACGUGCUAUUCAUUUUACCCCAGACUCAUUUGAAAACGACUUGAAGAUAGUGCGAUACAAAGGGAGAAUCUGUACGAACGACAGAGUGUCACUUGUUCGAACAUCAUGCGCAGAGUUGAGGUUGCACCUGAAGAUGGACUACUCCUCCAGUUUAUUGCGGCUGUAUCUUCCCAGCGUUUUCGUGGUGGUAAUGGCGUGGUUAUCUUUCUGGGUACGCAGGGAGCAGGUCGCGGCCAGGACAUCCCUUACUACUUUAUGCGUCGUGUCUAUGAUUACAGAAAAAAUGGGAGUCAACUUCUUGAUGCCGGAAGCAGCUGGUGUUAUGGCGGUGGAGGUAUGGAUGUUCGUCUGCCUAACUUUCGUGUGUGGAGCUCUUUGUGAGUUUAUCUGGGUGCAUACACUCAGUGAAUUUGAGAGGAAAGCGAAAGUUAAUGGAAACAUGCGACACUCAUCUGUAACUACAGCUGAUCUACCAAGUGUCGCCCAGCUGAGGAAUCGUAAUAACGUAACCCACACUGAUAUUGUGGUUGCUGGUAAGACUUGGAGACGGCGGUGUGCGUACUGUGGGAUUUUCCUCAAAUCGAGUCAGCUGGAAACAUGUGCGAAGAUUCUGUAUGCAUUAGGAUUUGUCAGUUUUCAAGUAGUGUAUUGGGUAUAUUUUCUUCUCGUUGAUUAACUGCUGUGACAAUAAGUGACGAUAUUUGAGCAUCUAGUGAUUUAUAAACGCAUGUUUUGAUAACAUGACUUACAAAUGCAUUACAAAUAUAGUUCCUCUGUAAACCUUAAGAAAACCGUAUCGGACAUUCGUGGACAGUGCUGAAAUAACAAUGUACCGUAGUGUCAUAGCAAAAUGACUACACGAAAUCAUGAGAGUUUACAAAACAUGGAUCGAAGAAACACCAAAGCAAAAAGGGACGGGAACUAAGACUAAACCACUAAAAACCAAACACUCCUUGCAUCAUUUGUGGCAGGCAUUAUGGUAUAUCCUGUUCAGUAUGUCACCAUUUGAAUACAUCCAAAAUUAAAAAACGUAACAUGCAUGUAUUGUAGUAUCGUCAACAAAAUCCGAAUUCUGAGUAGGAUCUCCGACAGGAUCGGACGUCUCAUCGGAACAAAAGGAACCAGAAUGGACCUCCAUCGAAAUAUCAAAUAGACAACAUGAUCAGAGGAGACAUCAGAUCAAACGAGAAGACAGUGGUAGGAACUAAUAAUACACCAAAACAAGAGGAAAAGACCACAACAGGAAUUUGGUAUUUACCAUAACAAACCAAAAAUCAAUUUGAAUUCCCGCCAUAAAACGCGGAUACAUUACUAACUGUUGAGGACAUGUCUGGAAAUGUGUGUUUAAGACCAUAAUGAUGUUCCCCUUCAAAUAAAUGGUGUCGAUCACCAACGAUUUAG